AUUAGAAAACCUGGAAAAAUACUUUAAUUUCAUUAAUUAAGGUUCACAAAUAAUGCUUUAGCGGCUAUCCGAUAAAUAAAACAAAAUUACAUUGGCGUUCAUUGAUGUGUACAAUACUUUAAUCCCGAUUAAAUAGAGUAAACAAAUUGCUGGGAAAAUGUCAGAAAAUAGUCAAAAAUCCAAUGAAGUAUCACCAACGGACACAACAGCAAACGCACAGACACCUUCAGAGCCUCCGUUAUUUCCUCCCGCUAAGCCCGGUAAAAAGCCUGAUUAUGGAACCAACAAUACACUGGAACUGCUUGAGAAAAUACCCAGCAAAGUUGUGGAAAUGAAAUUGGACGAUGUCCUAACAGCUGUUAAAGAUGUAGACAAUUUGUGUGAUUAUUCCCGUUGCAAAGCAAAGACAAGUCUUAUGGGACAAAAUUGUGAACAUUGCCAAAAAAGAUAUUGCUUUAAACAUGGAUUGCCCGAAGUACAUGGAUGUGGAGAGGCGGCAAAGAAGACGGAAAGAAAACAAUUCCUACAUCCCAAACCGGUAAAAACUGUCAAGCAAGAAGAGGAACUGGAAAAGGCCAAAAAGAAACUGCAAGCUAAAUUGAAGGACAUGCAAGUAGGGCGAAUGCAAAAAACGGGUGAUUUACCACAAACCAGUCGGGGAGGUGGUGGCGGAGCAAGAAAAAAGAAGGCUAAAUAAGGAUUUUUUGGAAAAUAAUAAAGUAAAUUUAUGAAAAUAAUAAAAACCCACGUAUCUUUGAAAUUGCACCCGAACUCUUAGGGAAUUUUAAGUCUGGAAAUUAAAAAAUAGAUGUUUCGAUAUCAGAACCUGCAAGAAGCCAAAAGUUCUGCAAUUUUUGUUAAUGUCACUUAUGGUUAAAUAAGAAAAUGUUAUAAUUAAAACUUCAUAUAAUCCUAUAUUUAUU